AUGUCUAGAGAGCGGAGGUCACUUAGCCUCGAGGCUCCCGAGAGAAAAGGUACAGAAGACCCAGGUGCUCAUGAGCUUGUCUCCUCCGAUUCCGACGAGCACUUUUCCGAUGCUCAAUCCUCCCCGAGGAAUAGUCCCGGGGCUACCUCUCCGGUACCGCGGACGCGAGUCGAAAAAGUAGACGAUGAGCCGUCUUACGGUGAAGUCCCGGGUACGGAAGCUUACAGUAAGCGCACAGAGGAUGCCGAGCCAGAUGAGAUUGCUAUCAUCCACGAGAAGAAGCCAGAAUCUGUCUCCCCAGAUAGACCUGUGACGCCAGGGGGUCACCCAAUUCCAAAGACGGUAGUUGACGAAUCAGCGGAUGCCCCUGGUUCUUCAACUCAUCACUAUAACGAAGAUCUUCGUCGUGCAGAUGCCGAACCUGACUUUAUUCGGAAACCUGACGGUACUGGCGAGGCGAAUCCGACACCCUCUUCGCUUGACACCACCAAGGAAGCAACUGAUAACGCGACUGUAGCCCCAUCACUUAAGUCACCAUCGACCCAUCGACGGAGGAAAUCGUCAGUAGCAAGAUCAACGGGAAGUGUUAGUCAAGAAGAUGCUGAUGGCGAUGACGUUGAUGACUUUGGUGACUUUGGCGACGACUUUGACGAGUUUGAAGAGGGUGAUGAAGAUGCUGAUUUUGGCGACUUCGACGAUGGCUUUCAGACGGCCGAGGCAGAAGGACCGGUUCCCACGCCGGUUCCUCAGCCUCAGGUCGCAAUACCUUCAUUUCCAAUAUUAGAUAUUGAUGGGCUUGACUCAGAAGAUAUCAUAGUUGCAACAGAACCGUACUUAGAUGCAUUGUUCUCCCCCGAAAUACAAGAGCUCCCAGCUUUACCGUCGCCACCAAAGGACAACCCAAUAUUCUUCAACCCCAGAAGCGCCUCUCUCUGGUCGCAAUUGGCAGCACCGCCGCCUCUUCAACCCCCUGAUUGGAUCCGGUCUCGCAUACGGCGCCUAUUCCUAGUUUCCCUUGGCGUACCAGUGGAUCUGGACGAGAUAUUGCCCGCCUCCAAGCAAAAGAAACUUGUGCUACCAUCAAUCCAUCGUGUCACUUCAAGCGGCUCGCUACGCACAUCAUCGGAGUCUCGCUCCGUCUCUAGGCUCAGGAAGCCGGACACCGAUAACAACUCCUCAGUAUCGGUAGAUUCCCAAGGCAAGGAGAAGCCCAGGUCUGUAUCAAAACGUCGAAAAGGACCACCUGAAGCACCCGACUUGGAUCUGGUUUCUGCGAAGCAGCUCUGCACAACUACAGACGAGGCUCUAGGUGGUAUGACAGACAAGGAACUCCAGCAGCAUGUGAAGAAGUUGCAAGGAAUGGAGGUCUUAGCGAAGGACGUGCUGGAGUAUUGGAAGAAACGUACGGACGAGAAGAUUGGCGAUCGCGAGGCGUUCGAGGGCGUAAUAGAAAAUCUUGUGAAGCAUGCUCGGAAAACUAGGAAAUAA